AUGGUCCGCCAAUCUGCAUCUGCAGCUGCCCUUUCAGGCACCCCCCCUCUAAAUGGCCCCCCAUUCAAUGCUCCGUUGGACGCUCCUCUUUACGCCCCCGUAAGUGCCCCUGCGGACUCGCACUCCCUGCUGCUCACGGUGCUGCGUGCCAACCUCUCUCGUGCCGACCUCCUGUCAAGCACCCACGGCGACGGCAGCAGCACCAUCAGCAGCACCAGCUGCAGCAACAGCAACGCUGGUAACCGCUCGGGAAAAGAUACUAGGAAUACCGCUGGUAACCACGGUUGGAGCAGCGGCGCUGUGGGCGUGGGGAAUAAUGCUGAGAACCACAACUGGAGCAGCGAGAGGAACGACAGCUGGCGAGCCGUGGCGGGCGGCGGCGGUGGUGAUAACUAUGGGAGACCUAUGAGCAGAAGCAGCAGCGCGAGUGGGCAGGGGCAGCAAGAGCAGCAGCAGCAGCAGCAGCAGCAGCAGCAGCAGCAGCAGCAGCAGCAGCAGCAGCAGCAACUGCAGCAGCAGCUGCCUAUGGUGCUUCAGAUAAGGCCCGAAGCUCCGGUCCAAGGGUGUGUUCAGUCUGCACGGCAAGUGCAUGUUCAGUAUCCAGUGCAAGCGAAGCCAGAGGCUGUUGUGAUGGAGAUGCCAGCACGGAUUCAGGCCUCUCAACUAGCGAUGCAACCAUUACCUUCUUUCACCACUCCUCCUGGCACUCCUCCGCUCACCUCUCCACCUGCCACUAUGGGUGCUUUUCCGAACGGCACUGCCUCCGCUAGUGUGCAUCGUCCCGUUGCCUCUCUCCCUCCCAUCCCCAACCACUUCCCGAACCUCGUCCCGAACCACGAGCAUCAUGAAGUCAGUGCUGCUGCGCACCUGCACCAGUUCCACCUUCCCCAGAUGCCACCUGCUCAGGCACCUCAGGCUGCUGAUAUCCAUGCCAGCAUGAGUCACACCCCCGAUUUCAUGGGUAUGGCGUGCAAUGAUGUGUGUGCCAGUCUGAGCCCCGUGGUUCCAACCACUGCUGCCGCGGCUUCUGCUGUUACGAUGCAUACCCCGGGAGUGCAAUGCACGCGCACGCUGUGCAUGGGGCUUGACGGCUUGAGCGGCAUGGGCGGCAUGGGUGGUGUGGGCGGCGUGGGCGGCAGCGGCAUGGGGGAGGCGGCAGCGUGGCUGGCAGAGCAGGGAGGGUUGGAGGCGCUUGAUUGGUUGCCAGACCUGUCAGGGUAG